UGUAAGAACUUAGUAUAUCUGACGUCAGACACAGCACUGUGGUAUAUCUGACGUCAGACACAGCACUGUAGUGUGUGUGACGUCAGACACAGCACUGUGGUAUAUCUGACGUCAGACACAGCACUGUAGUGUGUGUGACGUCAGACACAGCACUGUAGUUUGUGUGACGUCAGACAGACCGCUGUAGUAUGCAGGCUACAGAGAGCAGGUCCAAGCCUCAUGAUCACAGCCUUAACCACGUGACACGUCCUACCAUCACAAUGUUGCAGCUACAGAAGAACUGGGAGGGUGCGGCCGCCCCCUACUUGCUACUACAGAAUGAGGAGGGCGAAGUCUUCUACAAACUGCUGCUGGGUCAUCUCAGCUACACGCAGCUCGUCCACCUUCUGCGGGACCUUGGCUUUGACCCAAAAUCGCCAGCGGGAGGAGAAGUGCAGGUGAGAGAGCCCGCUAGGGGGCUGGUGGCGACACCUGGCGCAGUGAGCGUGCAGCAGUUGGUGUCGGGGGAGUGGAGGUGGUCCCAGUACGGGGCACCGCUGCAGCCCCCUGUCCCCGCCUGGCAGGUGCUACCGUUUCAUCGAGUCUUGGGACCGUUGAGAGCCCCCCGUCUGUCCACCAACGGCCGUCAGCACAGCCACAAGGUGGAGCUGUAGAGACUUCAUCUAGCGCCCCUCUCCUCCCUCUCUGACAGCCCCCCACCCCGUCUGUCCACUAACGGCCGUCAGCACAGCCACAAGGUGGAGCUCUCCUCCUGUUACCACUACUCCCUCGUUCUUCCCUUCAUCAUCAUCUUCUUCAAGCUCGCUCUCUACUCACUCUUUCACGUCUGAGAGCUGGUGUUGUGUUUGUGUGGUGACGUCUGAGAGCUGGUGUAGUGUUUGUGUGGUGACGUCUGAG